GUAUUAAGUAUCAUCAUCAUUAUUUGCGUGGGAGUAUCCCAUGACGUGGACAGCGGCGGCGCGGCGGUGCUAUAUUUCGUGUCGAUCGUUUCUCUACUCGGAUCAGUCAUGUUCAUCGUCAUCUACGUUUUAAACCUGACCGGGACUGGUCACUGUGCUUACAUACCGUGGUUCCUAGUCGAGCUCGUAUUCGCUCUGAUCUGGGGUCUGUUUUUCCUCGUUUCAGGAGUCGUCUCAUCUGUCUAUGCUGAAGACUACGGAGGUCGCAAAGGGCCAUGUUUUGCUGCCUCCGCGGUAUGA